GGAGGCGGGCCGGAAAGUUUGUCGGGCGGCGGCGGCGGCGAGGCGGGGACUCGGGCGGGGGUGCGGGCCGGUCCCGGUGCCCCCAGCUCGCAGGGGACUCGUGCUCGCCAUGGGCCAUCCCCAACUGCUCCUGCCCCUGUGUGCCUCUGUGUCUUUGCUGGGUGGCCUGACCUUUGGUUAUGAACUGGCAGUCGUAUCAGGUGCCCUGCUGCCCCUGCAGCUUGACUUUGGGCUAUCCUGCUUGGAGCAGGAGCUCCUGGUGGGCAGCCUGCUCUUGGGGGCUCUCCUCGCCUCCCUGGUGGGGGGCAUUUUCAUCGACCAGUAUGGCAGGAAACAAGCCAUCCUCGGCAGCAACUUGGUGCUUUUGGCAGGCAGCCUGAGCCUAGGCCUGGCUGGCUCCCUGGCCUGGCUGGUCCUGGGCCGCUUGGUGGCUGGCUUUGCCAUCUCCCUCUCCUCCAUGGCCUGCUGUAUUUAUGUGUCAGAGCUGGUGGGGCCACGGCAGCGGGGAGUGCUGGUGUCCCUCUAUGAGGCCGGCAUCACCCUGGGCAUCCUGCUGUCCUAUGCACUCAACUAUGCACUGGCUGGUGCCCCCGGGGGAUGGAGGCAUAUGUUUGGCUGGGCCGCUGCACCUGCUCUUCUGCAGUCCCUUAGCCUCUUCUGUCUCCCUGCUGGUACCACCAAAGCUGCAGCCAACAAGGACCUCAUUCCUCUCCAGGGAGGAGAGGCCACCAAGCUGGGCCUGGAGAGGCCGAGAUACUCCCUUCUGGACCUCUUCAGGGCACGGGAUAACAUGCGAGGCCGGACUGUGGUGGGGCUGGGGCUAGUGAUUUUCCAGCAGCUAACGGGGCAGCCCAAUGUGCUUUGCUAUGCCUCCACCAUCUUCCACUCGGUUGGCUUCCGUGGGGGAUCUUCGGCUGUGCUGGCCUCUGUGGGACUUGGUGCGGUGAAGGUGGUGGCUACCCUGGCUGCCAUGGGACUGGUGGACCGAGCAGGCCGCAGAGCCCUAUUACUGGCUGGCUGUGCCCUUAUGGCCCUGUCAGUCAGUGGCAUAGGCCUUGUCAGCUUUGCUGCACCCAUGGACUCUGGUCCGAGUUGCCUGGCCAUGCCCAACGCCACUAGGUCAGGCCUCCCUGGAGACCCUAGCCUGCCGAGGGGCAUCACUCCACUUCCAUUGCCAACAACCAGUGAGAACCAAGGGAAGCCAGUCUUGUCAACCUCUAAGAAAAUCAAGCUUCAUCCCAGAGCUGGGAACCCCACAGGCCCUCCCCUGCGAAUGGCCUUAAUCACUGCCUCCCCUGCACCCCAUCCUGCCCCAGAGCAUGCCUUGCUGCACUGGACUGCACUGGUCUGCAUGAUGGUCUUUGUGAGUGCCUUCUCCUUUGGAUUUGGACCAGUGACCUGGCUUGUCCUUAGCGAGAUCUAUCCCAUGGAGAUCCGGGGCCGAGCCUUCGCCUUCUGUAACAGCUUCAACUGGGCCUGCAACCUGCUUGUCAGCCUCUCUUUCCUCGACCUCAUUGGUACCAUUGGCUUGUCCUGGACCUUCCUACUCUACGGGCUGACCGCUGUCCUCAGCCUGGGCUUCAUCUACUCGUUUGUCCCUGAAACGAAAGGUCUGUCAUUUGCAGAGAUAGACCAGCAGUUCCAGAGGAGACGGUUUGCUCUGAGCUUUGGCCACAGGCAGAGCUCCACCGGCAUCCCGUACACCCGCAUCGAGGUCUCUGCAGCCUCCUGAGGAGUCCAUCUGCCUGGAACAUGCUGGAACCGUGGCUGUAGCAGACUCCUCAGCUCCCUGCUUGUCUGGCCCCUGGAGCACUGUUUUAGGUGGCUCCGUAAGAGUCAUCUCUGCUCCAGAAGAGGUCUUUGGGGCCCAGGUGAAAGAGGAGAAAGUUUGAUAACCCGAAAGUCUUUAUUUUGAACCUCAGGCUCUGAGAGGCCCUGAGGAUCCACCUUCUUGCCUCAGUUUCCCCACUGUCCCCACACAUCCCCACAGUACGUAUAAUGAAAACAUCUCAUGGAGUCUUUUGCUCCAUGGGCUUCCUCAAAGAACCUCUAGGGUACCAGCGCCUGGAAGGAAGUCUCCUCUGGUGUCACCCCAAAAUCUAGACAAGGAUACUUCAGUCUCUGUUCUUUUCCCUUCUGGCUGGGACUUUCUGGUGAGGCGGAAGCCUGCUUCUAUCAUUCACCAACUCAGAUUGGUGGAUAAGAUGUUGAGUUCCAGUCCUGCUUUUCUGGAGUCCUUGCCGUAGGACCAUAGGCCUCAGUUUCCCCAUAUGUACAAUGGGGGACCCUGACCAAGGAGUUCUUAAGAUUGCUUUUGAUGCCAAUCAGCUGGAAUUCUAAAUGCUGCUCAUAGAAUGUGUAUUCAGCAUGGGCCCUGCCCUCAAGUGACUGGCCACCUCUUUAGGGGAUGUGAGUUUUAAUUAGGGGAGCAAUAAAUAGAAUUCCAGAAUGGUGUGCACUAAAACCCAAGGUGCAGGAAGCAAGCUCCAGGAGCUGUUUCUAGGAUGCUGCAGGAGAGCUAUGCAGAAAGGAGGUGGGUUUGGGGGGCUGCCAAGCCGGGCUUGUUGGCGUUGCCUCGGUCCCCUGGCAGCUGUUGACCUUGGGUGGCUAACGGCUCUCACUAUCCUCAGUUCCCACAUCUGCAGAAUGGGGAUGAUUAGGCCCCUGGGCGUGUCCUUAACCCCUGCCUUCCUGCAGGAGGAUCUUCAGUUGGUCCCAUUCAGCUAGUCAGGGCCACGGGGUCAGGGAGGUUUCUGCUCACCCUCAGCUACCCAGGUCCCCACCUUUGGGACAUUGUUAAGGGUCAGCUCCUGAGGGGUGAGUCAGAUGGAGACUGAGCAAGAUUCUCAGAUCUGAGGUCAGCAGAGGAAGAGACGGGCAAGAAUGAGUUCCUGGAUGCCAAGGAACAUGAAGAGCUGGUGUGGGACGACGCUUCGUCAUCUGUGCCUGCUCCACGCCCAGUGGACUCUGGCCCCUCGACCUCUCUCCUCUUGUUCUAGAUGCUUCCCUUGUACCCCGUAGUAUGCUGGAGGCCCCUCAUACUCGCUUGUGAGGGCCCAUUAUUAAGUUUUCGAGACUUUUGCCAGCUGGUUGUUAAACAUAGCCAUUUAUAGAUAUUAAAUUAUUGAAUAUUUCAAUAAAUUAUAUUAAAAAUAAAAGUAAUAAAUACUAAAAA